GUUAAGUCUAUUUUUUUUUUUACAAAAAAGAGAGAAAACCGGAUUUCAAACAGAGAAAACAGAUGGCAGGUCUUGGAGCAAUCAAGGGACUGGUGUUUUUGCUUGGAGUAUUCUCACAGGUACAGUGCAGCACAAUGAGCGUGAGUGUUUUUACGGUGACAUCAAAGAGUGCAGUGCUGCGCUGGAGCAGGUAUGAAGGUGCAUUGUCCUACAGAGUAACAGCUUCCCUCAGGAACUCUCCAGUCCCCGUGGUCUUUGCCAGCUUUGGACAGAACACUAUUAUGGGCUCCGUUAAUUCCCUGAAUCCCAACACUGCAUACACCUUUCGUGUCGAGGCCCUGGGCAGCCUCAUGAACAUGCUUGCAGACGCUAGUGUGGAUAGAUCUACUGCUCCCGAUGUGCCCAGCAUUGAGAUGGCCUCCUCUAAAGAAAGCCAGAGUAUCACUGUGGAAUUCACUGAGGUCUCCGGUGCAACUUCCUACAUCCUGCGGGCUGAGACAAACGAUGGAUCUUUCUUCUCAGAGAUCCCAGUACCCACGUCUCCGGGGACUGUCACCAACCUCCAGCCAUACACAGACUACACUCUCAGUGUCAUGUCUGUCAACAGUGCAGGCAGAAGCCAGCCAUCCAUCUCCGUGGAGGCAAAGACAGUCCUUCCUACUCCUCAGUUCAACACCAGCUCUCCCAGUAACAGCAGCAUCCUGGUGAAGUGGGAGCCAGUCAAUCAUGCUGUCCUCUACAGCCUCAGCAUCAUCAAAGACGGCUCAUACAGCCGAAGUCGCCUCAACACCACAGACGCUCAGGUUCUGUUUCAAGACCUGGAGGCAGGAACCCUUUAUUGUAUUAAGGGAAACGCCUGGAGUCCCGAGAACAUUCCCGGAGAUGACUUCACAAUUUGCCAGAUCACACGUUCUCCCACUCCUCAGUCUAUUUCUCUGGUGGUGACAAGCACCCCUGAUGCAGGUAUUGUGGUGUCGUGGGACCCAGCCCAGGGUGCAGAGCAGUAUGUCGCCGUGAGCUUGACUGGCCAGAACUGCUCCUCAUCUAGUAACUCCUGCAUCCUGACUCCUUUGAGCUGUGGAGAGACCAACUCUGUCACAGUGAUCGCUGUCAACAAGGGCGGAAACAGUGCCCCCUCUUACCCAGUUCAGAUUAUUUCAUUCCCUUGUCCCCCACAGCCUAUCUGGGUGGAGGAGGUGGUGGCUGGAAACUGCUCUGUGAAGUGGAGCUCAGUCCCUCAUGCAGAGUACUACACUACCUUUAUUAAGAGUGAUGAUGGCAUCGAGGGGACGUGCAACUCAACUGAGCCUCGCUGUCAGUUUCACUGCAGCUGCGGAUACUCCUACAUCAUGAGUGUGUUUGCACACAACCAGGCUGGACCCAGUCCCCCGGGACCUCUCGUCAACCACACCACCUUGCCUUGCUGUCCAGAGCUCACUACAGUUUCUGCAGUUUCUUGGGAGACGCUGAUGAUACAGUGGUCUCCUGUGCGUGGUGCGGAUCUGUAUGAGACUCGUGCUGUGGAUGCAACAGAAACGGUUCUGUGUAACGACACGGCGCCCAGGUGCGCCCUCUCUGACCUCACUUGCAACAGCAGGUACAGUGUAGUUGUCAUCCCAUGCAACGACGUAAGCGGCUGUAACCUCACCUGCAGUUCACAAACGCACGAAACAGCUCCAUGCAUGCCUGAGAUCAUCGGUGUGAGCCAGAGUAACUUGUCUAGUGUGCUGGUUAACUGGACUUCUGCUAACACAGCUGCCAACUACACAGUCAGUGUGAUUGGCACAGUGGGCGACAUGCAUGUCUGUCACUCAAACGGCACUUCCUGUCAGGUGCCCAACCUGCCCUGCGGCUCCGUCUAUGAAGUCAGUGCCACCGCGUCCUCCUCAGCUGGAAACAGCAUGCCCAGCUACACCGUUCCCCUGGAAACAGCACCUUGUUGCCCAGACAAUCUCACGGUGAGCCAGGUGACUCAGGCCAUGACCAACGUGACCUGGUCGGACGCUAUCGGCGCCCAGACCUUCAUCGCCUCCCUGUCUUCACCACGAGGCAAUGCGCAGUGUCACACCAUGGAAACAGGAUGCGUGAUGGGAUGCAUCACCUGCGGCACUAACUACACCGUCUCCCUGGAAGCGAUCAGUCGCACCGGGCACAAGGCGGAGUGCACCUAUCAUGGGUUUUCUGCCAGUGAGUGCUGUCCCUCGGGCAUCCGUCUCUUCAGAGGAACCAAUAACACUUUGCGUGUGCGCUGGAGGUCGAGCAGCGCCCUCACCAGCUACACGGCAGAAGUCACGGGAAGCGACAGCACGCACGUGUGCAGCCCGGCGCCCGGCAGCAGCACCUGCGAUGUGUCGGAGAUCGUGUGCGGGCAGGUGUACUCGGUGGUCGUCGCCCCGCUGAAUCGAGACGGAGCCAAGGUCCCGUUCUGCAACAGCAGGAUGUAUUCAGUUUCGUGUGUGGGCAGCAAUGUCGGAAUGGUUCUCUAUCGAGGAAGAAGAUAAUGGAUGUCCUUCAGACACUGGUAAUAUUGGACGACUGGACUCUUCAAAAACUGCCCUCAAACCUGUAUCGAAUAC